GUUUAGGAGCGCGUGGAAAGCCCAUAUUUUACCGGCAGUAUUUGGUCACCUAGCCUGAUGCAAUACGCCAAAGAAGAGGGCAACUCAUUACUUUUAUAAGAAUAUGCCAAAAGAAGAAAAAAAGCAAAACAAUAGCCAAAUUAGGUCUAAAAGCAAUGUUUUAGAAGGCGACGUAGAUUUCGGAAGAUUAACUAUUUAAGUGCCAUUUGAAACGUUCCGCCGUGAAUAAACAACAAUGUCAUGAGACGAGAGGUCAAGGACCACAGAGUACGUGAGUGACGCACUAAAAAGGCGACAAAAACGAGCACAGUAACGUUUCCAAACAGUUUCAGAAGGCGAAUUUCUAGUAUUUAUCUUUGUAUCCACCUUGAACCAAUGCCAAAGGUGAAAAGGAGCAGAAAACCGCCUCCAGAUGGAUGGGAGCUGAUUGAGCCCACACUGGACGAGCUUGACCAGAAAAUGAGGGAAGCUGAGACGGAACCGCACGAAGGAAAGCGGAAGGUCGAGUCCCUGUGGCCGAUAUUCAGGCUCCACCACCAGCGGAGCCGCUACAUUUUCGACCUGUUUUAUAAGCGCAAGGCCAUCAGCAGAGAGUUGUACGAGUACUGUAUCAAGGAAGGCUAUGCGGACAAGAACCUGAUCGCCAAGUGGAAGAAGCAGGGCUAUGAGAACCUGUGCUGCCUGCGCUGCAUCCAGACCCGUGACACCAACUUCGGCACCAACUGCAUCUGCAGGGUCCCCAAGAGCAAGCUGGAAGUGGGCAGGAUUAUCGAAUGCACUCAUUGUGGAUGUAGAGGAUGCUCUGGCUGAAUCUAUGUUUCCAGUGGGACAUCAGGGCUCAUGUUACCCCAACCUUUCUUUCUUUGAAGAAUCCUGGAUUACACUUGUGUUGAUGCCAUUCCAGAUUUUAGAUCUAUGUACACUGUGAUUGCUGACAAACACAUUAAUUUUGUUUGAGGAUGGAUGCUGUCAAUUUACCCCAUUGCUGUGCUUUAUCAUUUUAAAUAAAAAUUUCUUUGUAUAAUCCUUAUUUCAAAAGGAAAUGUUCCUGUUGAAAGUACGUGUAUUUUUAGAGUGCAUGUUCUCAUGUCUACUAAUGGCUCUAGUUCCUAAUUUGUACAGUUGUUUGGAGGAACAAGGUAAACAUUGAGCUUUGUCAUGUCUUGCUGGCUCUUUCAUUUAAGGUUCACUGGCCAGCAGCUACCUUGUAUCAUUGUCAGUUUAAACAGAACUGCAGUGUUAAAGUUCUAAUUUGAUGCAACCUAUUAUGGAUAAAAAAAGCA